AUGGCCAACUCACACAUUGAAGUCGUGUUUCACCAUGGGGGGAAAUUUGAGAAUAAUGGGACAUUUGGAUAUCACUAUGGUCAAACCACAAUUAUAAAAAUAGACCCUGAUCGAUGGAGUUAUUUUGAAAUAUUAAGCAUUCUAAAGGAGAUGGGUUAUAGGAAUGUAAAGGACUUAUGGUAUUCAUUGGGUCGUGGUCCUGUAUUAGAAGAUUGUUUGGAACCUUUAUUAGAUGACAAGGGUGCUUGUCAUCUGAUCAAUAUUGCUAUGUUGAAUGGUGAAGCUCACCUUUAUGUUAUACAUAGGGUGUGUGAACCUGAGUAUCUUCUGCAGUUGGAAUACUGUUCUGAAGGAGAAGUUGAGAGAGAGAGUGCUGAUUUGCAAGUUGAUAGACCUAGUGUUGAAGGACAAGUUGAGAGAGAGAGUGCUGAAAAGGAAGUUCAGAUAGAGAUUGGUGUAGCAGAUGUUGAGGCAGUGGGUGAACCUGAAUCAGAAGUUGAUCCAGAAAUGGUAGAAGUUGAGGUUGAUGUACUGGGUGAUAUAGAGGGUAUGGUAGAGGAUGUAGAGGAUGUUGGUGUGGAGGAUGCAGUAGAGGAUGUUGGUGUGGAGGCAGAGGUUGAGGUAGAGGAUGUAGAGGAUGUUGGUGUGGAGGAUGCAGUAGAGGAUGUUGGUGUGGAGGCAGAGGUUGAGGUAGAGGGUGAGGGAAAUGGGGUGAAUGUAGACGUCCAGUCUGAUGUGGAGGGGCAGGCAGAAGUAGAGGGUGAGGUAGAGGGUAAUGGAGUACAAACUGAUGAGUAUGAUGUUAGCAGUUGGAAUGGGUCCGAAGAGGAUGUAUUUGAAGGUACUAAUGAAGUUGAAUUUGGUGGACCUAGGGGUUUAUCUGACAGUGAUUGGGAAUCCGACAGUUUGAAGAGUGUUGUGGAAAGUGAUAACACAGAUGAUGACAGGGAUGACUAUGGGGAUUUUGGUGUUUGUGACACCUUAGUGAAUAUGUCUGAAGCAUUUAAUAGUGUAAUUUUACAUGCAAGAGGUAAGCCCAUCAUCACAAUGAUGGAAGACAUUCGUCUGUACCUCAUGAAGAGAUGGGCAACAAAUAGAAACAAAAUAAGUACAUAUGAAGGUAGUAUUUGUCCAAAGAUUAAGAAAAGAUUUGACAAGGAACUGCUGUUGACUAAAUACUGGUUACCUAGUUGGUCUGGAGAGAAAAUUUUUGAGGUCAGACACAUUUCAAUGAUGAGUGACAAGUAUGUGGUUGACAUAGAUAAACUGGAAUGCAGUUGCAGAAAGUGGAGUUUAACAGCUAUCCCAUGUUGUCAUGCACUAGCUGCCAUGACAUUUAUCAACAUCAAUGGAGAAGACUACGUGCCACAUUGGUUUACAAAGUCAACCUACCAAGAAACAUACAUUCCAAUCAUCUACCCUGUCAAUGGUCCUCAGCUAUGGGAACAAACUUCUCAGCCUGAUGUUUUGCCUCCAACUAAAAGAGUGUUGCCUGGUAGACCAAAGAAGAAGAGAAGGCUAGAGGCUUGGGAGCUAAAGAAGGAUGACACACAACUGAAGCAAAAUGGAACUCGUAAGAGAUGUUCCAUAUGUAGACAGGUUGGUCAUAAAAGAAAUAGUUGUCCGCAAGCUCCUCCAGCACCCCAAACUCAAUAUCAAUCAAGUGAGCAACCUGCAACCCAACCUGAACAAAGUCAGCCAACUACUGGACCAAGUCAACUUACUCAAUGCGUUUUGGAACAUACUCAGCCAUCUACAACACAAGUUUAA